AUGGAUGACACUGUAAAACAGCAGUCGUGGAUGAGGUAUGGCUCGAUCAUUAUAUUUAUUUUCGCCGUGAUUCAUGUAGCCGUUGCAGUUACUCAUUAUAGCAUUCCUGAAGAAAUGGAGGAGGGAUCAUUUGUUGCAAAUAUAGCAGCUGAUCUUGGACUGGACGUCCCAAGUUUAGUGAGCCGUAAAAUACGGUUGGAUGGGAUAGCCAACAAGAAAUAUUUAGAGAUUACCAAAGCGACGGGGGAGCUGUAUAUAGUGGAAAAAAUUGACAGAGAGUCAUUAUGUCCCACAAAAACAACAAACUCGUGUUUUCUUAAAUUAGAGGUUUCAAUUGAAAAUCCAGUGCGCAUGUUUAAUAUUGAAUUGCUUGUAAUGGAUAUUAACGAUAAUGCUCCUAGCUUUAGACGAGAUACAAUGCACUUAGAUAUCUCCGAAUCAACAGCGCCCGGGGAAAGAUUUUCUCUUAACCCUGCGGUAGAUCCAGAUAUCGGGACAAAUUCGAUCAAAACAUAUCUUCUAAGUGAAAGUGAACACUUCUCUAUAGAAAUACAAACUGGAAGAGAUGGGUCAAAGUUUGUUGAUCUAAUUUUGAACAAAGCCUUAGAUAGAGAGGAGAAGACCAUUCAUGAUUUGAUACUUACGGCUGUAGAUGGCGGAGUGCCUGCUCGUUCAGGUACAGCCAGUGUAAUCGUUCGCGUACUGGAUACAAAUGACAACGCCCCAAAAUUUCAAAAGGAAAGUUUUCAUAUAAAUCUUACCGAGAAUGCUCCUAUAGGUAGCUUAGUUGUACAAUUAAGCGCGACGGAUUUAGAUGAAGGCUCUAAUUCCGAUAUAAGUUAUUCAUUCAGCCUUUACACGUCUGAAAAAACACAAGAGACCUUCAGUUUAAAUGAACAUAAUGGUGAAAUCAGAGUAAAGGAGAUUAUCAAUUAUGAAGAUUUUAACAUUUAUAACAUGGAGAUAAUAGCAAAAGAUAAAGGAGUGAAUUAUUUGUUUGGAAAAUGCGAAUUAACAAUUCGCAUUUCCGACAUGAACGACAAUCAUCCCGAAAUAUCCGUAAAGUCAUUUCAAAGUCCAGUUAAAGAGGAUGUUGCUCUGGGGACGGUCAUUGCAAUAAUCAGUGUGAAUGACAAAGAUUCCGAGGAAAAUGGCCAAAUUGACGUUCACAUUAAUAAAUAUCUACCAUUUGCUCUUAAAGAAUCAGCUAAAGAUUAUUAUGAGCUUGUAGUUUCAAAACCGCUAGAUCGGGAAAAGGUUGCAGAAUAUGACAUCACAUUUACUGUUACCGAUCGAGGAAACCCUCCCUUAUCUGACAAUGAAACUCUAACUCUAGAACUGCUAGACGUUAACGACAACGCGCCACAGUUUCCUAAAUCCAUUUAUACAUUGCAGGUGGUGGAGAAUAAUCCACCUGGGGCUUUAUUGAGUUAUAUAAAUGCAAUUGACCCAGAUCUCCAUGAAAAUCAGUAUCUCGUUUAUUUUAUACUUGAAAAAGAAAUUGCAAAUACCUCAAUGUCCAUGCUGUUCUCCAUGAAUCCAGAGAACGGUGCGCUUUACGCGUUAAAGACGUUUGAUUAUGAGAUAGAAAAGGAGUUUCUUUUCCAUAUCGAAGCAAGAGACUCUGGUGUUCCUCCACUCAGCAGUAAUGUUACCGUUCGCAUUGUUAUCAUGGACCAGAACGACAACACACCAGUUAUAGUGUCUCCAUGGCGCGCGCAUGGCUCAGUGGUACAGGAGAAAAUACCGAGAUCCACUGAUAAAGGAACUCUAAUAUCCAAAGUAAUUGCUAUAGACACAGACUCUGUACACAACUCUCGCAUCACAUACCAGUUUCUUCAGAACACGGACGCUACAUUAUUUAGUUUGGACCAGUACAACGGAGAGAUCCGGACCACGAGAAUGUUCAGUUACAGAGACUCGCGCCACCAGAGGCUGGUGGUGAUCGCCAAGGAUAAUGGAGAUCCCUCUCUUUCUGCUACAAUCACCAUCACACUCUCCACGGUGGAGACCGCGCUUAAAAGCUAUGCUGACAUGACUGAAGUGCCUUUAGAAUAUGACAUCUUUUCAGAUUUAAACCUGUAUCUAGUGAUCGGACUGGGCUCGGUAUCAUUUCUGUUACUGAUCACCAUACUGGUGACCAUUGUGCUGAAGUGUAAGAAACCGAAACCCAGUAAAGCUGCUCCUCCCUUUAGGAACAGCGUGAUUAGUGAGAGAAACUCCACCAUCGCAGAUUCCACCCUGGUCUCCAACGAUGCCUACUGGUACAGUUUAUUUCUAGCAGAGACCAGGAAAGGAAAGCUGGUAGUUAGACAACCUGUGCCAAAGGGAACAAGAUAUGUUGUAUCCAGUAUACCAAGGAGCACAGGACUGACUGAGACUAGUGACUCAGCUGCAUCCACUUUACAGGUAGGAUAA